AUGGACGAUAAAAAGAGUUGGAGUCCUGAGUCAUCGUCUGGCCCAUCGGCCUACGAGGGUGACAUGGGCACUUUCAAGAGAUCCUUCGCAGGCCGGCUCAAAGAGAGCUUCAAGCGCGAUCCCCAUGCGAGCGUCACGAGGUCGGCUUCGUUCAGCGCAAGCGAUCAUAAAUCCGGCUACGAUGCUGAAGCCGCCGUCCAGGCGACGGCGAUGUCGCCUCUUCUUCGUCGACUCAAAGGUCGACAUCUACAGAUGAUUGCCAUCGGUGGCAGCAUUGGCACUGGCCUCUUCGUGGGCAGUGGAAAAGCAUUGGCACAUGGUGGACCGGCAUCGCUUCUACUUGCCUUCACACUUACUGGAGUCAUGAUGUACUGUACAGUGCAAGCGCUGGGCGAGCUUGCCGUGCUAUUUCCAGUCGCAGGAUCCUUCGCCGCAUACUCGACACGGUUCUUAGACCCAGCAUGGGGCUUCGCAAUGGGCUGGAAUUAUGCAAUGCAAUGGUUGGUGGUGUUACCUUUGGAAAUUGUGUCAGCUUCAAUCACGGUGGAUUAUUGGGUGCAAAACAUCACACUCAAUGCCGCGUGGGUCACGAUAUUCCUUAUCUUGAUCAUCGUCAUCAAUUUCUUUGGUGUGAAAGGCUACGGCGAAGCUGAAUUUGUCUUCUCCGUGGUAAAAGUCACCGCUGUUAUCGGAUACAUCCUACUGGGGAUUCUUAUCAAUAUCAUGGGAGGUCAAGACGCCAACGGCCGACCCGACGGAAGUUAUAUCGGCUUCGAAAAGUGGCACUCUCCUGGUGCAUUCAACAAUGGCUUCAAGGGACUGUGCAGUACCUUUGUCACCGCUGCAUUUGCAUUCGCCGGGACCGAAUUGGUUGGCCUUGCAGCGGCAGAAACCGAAAACCCUAGAAAAGCACUGCCCUCUGCGAUCAAGCAGGUUUUCUGGCGUAUCACGCUGUUUUACAUUGUCAGCUUGCUCCUCGUGGGAACUCUUGUCUCUUAUGACGACCCCCGACUCCUGAAUGGGCGCAAUUCAGCUGAUGCAAAAGCCUCCCCAUUCGUGAUCUCGAUCCAGAACGCCGGCAUUGACGUCCUUCCAUCCGUGAUGAACGUCGUUAUCAUGAUCUCCGUUCUCAGCGUCGGCAACUCUGCGAUCUACGGCUCGUCACGCACACUCGCCGCCCUCGCCGAGCAACGACAAGCCCCUGCCUUCCUCGCGUACAUCGACCGCAAAGGCCGCCCCCUCUACGCCAUCAUCCUCGCCUCGGUGCUCGGCCUCCUAGCCUUCCUCGCCGCAACCCACAAGCAACAAGACGCCUUCAAUUGGAUGCUCGCCCUGUCCGGCCUCUCCUCCAUCUUCACCUGGUCGAGCAUCUGCCUCGCGCACAUCCGCUUCCGGCACGCGUGGGCGCUACAGGGCCACGGUCUCGAUGAGCUCGCGUUCCGCUCCCCCGUCGGCACGAUCGGGUCCUGGGUCGGACUGACUUUUAAUGGGCUCGUGCUCUGCGCGCAGUUCUGGACCGGCUUCAGCCCCGUCGGCUGGAGGGACAUGUCGUCCACCGAACUCGUGGUUAAUUUCUUUCAGGCGUAUCUGGCAGCCCCCGUCGUCAUACUUAUGUAUAUCGGCUACAGGCUCUGGAAUAAGACGAAGGUCCUGUCGCCGAGGGACAUGGACCUGUUUACCGGGAAGCGCGAGUUUAAUGUGAAGUCGUUGGUCGCGGAGGAGAAGGCUGAUCGUCAAAACUGGCCGGCUUGGAAGAAGUGGUAUAAGUUCUUCUGCUGA